AUGUCUUCGCUUCGCUGCGUCCUCUUUGUCUUCUUUGCUGUCGUCUCUUUCUCAUUUUGUGAUGCUUCGACGGGCUUCAGUGGAGAUCCCUACAAAGUUUUCGGGCUGGGCCAAGAUGCUUCCCAAGAUGAAAUACGCUCCCAAUACAAGAAGCUUUGCCUGAAAUAUCAUCCAGAUAAGACUGUCGACAAAUCCCCCUCCGCGAGAAAGAGAUGUACUGAGCGUUUCAAGCAAAUUCAGGCCGCCAAUGAUAUGAUAGGAGAUGCUGAAUCGCGACGAUCCUACGACUUGAGGUCGGCAUUUUCACCACAAGCAGGUCGCGGCGCCCAUGGUGGUUUCCCACGGCAUCAAUUCCGAAAUGAAGACGUAGAUGCCUUCUAUCGUUCGUUUGCCGGAGCCUACGGCAGGAAUCCACAGUAUACUGGUCCACGGAAACCUUUCAAUUUUCAACCUGGGAACAGUGUAUUUUCUACUCGUUCCUUUGCAAGGACGGCAGCUAUGUUUCGAAAUGGCAAUUCGCUCAAGUCGACGUUUGUACAGAAAGUUAAGGUGCCUCUUCAGGAUCUGUACAACGGACGGUCUAGUAUGGACCUUCAGGUCCACGACACCCUGUGGAAAUCGUAUUGCGCCGCCUUUAGAGGUGGAUUUGGAUACCUGAUCCUGUAUCAAAGCCUCAUCUUUGCGGCCCCAGCUCUGAGGAUCAGCCGACUCCUGACGUUGGCAUUCAGUGCUCUUGUGUUUCACAUUCAUGUUCCUCGGCCAAGUCAUGUUCAAUUCACAGCCGACAUUCAACCAGGUUACAAGGAAGGAACAAAGAUUAUCUUUUCAGACGAGACGUUCGAAACAGUGUUUCUGUUGGAAGAAGAGAAGCAUGAUCGAUUCACUCGUGUAGGCAACGACCUGCACACCAGCGUGGACAUCCUGGCCUCGCAGGCGAGAUCGGGAUGCCGCAUUGAGAUUGAACCCUUGAACCCAACAGAAGAACCUGUCUCAGUUAGAAUACGGCCGAACCAAAUCAACCCAACCAACAAUGUCGUCACUGUGGAAGACAAGGGAUGGCCAAAUCGCAAGUUGGGGCGUCGAGGCAACCUCGUAGUCAAAUUUCGGAUAGUGCAAAAACUGAAGAAGAAGAAGAAAGGAAAAAGAAGGCAGGGGUCAAAGAAAGCAUCCGCGAAGAAAGCUCCUUAA